ACCAAAUUAGCCUAGCUUCUUAACAAACCCUGCAUAAAAACUUGAUAAUAACCUUCUCUCCACUCUCAUAUAACUUGUGAUCAAUCUCUUCUUAAUCUCUUUAUUUAAUUCUUUCUUCUGAUAUUGUUGUUGUAGUUAUGUUAAUUAUUAUUUUUGCUCCUUUUUAGAGAUACAAGAUAAGAUCAUAAAUUAAAUAGGCAUUAGAUAAGUGAAAGAAAAGACAUGCUCAUCACUUCUUAUUCUCUUCUUAGGCCUCUCCUUCAAUCAAACCACUCUAACUUAUUGUCACCAAGUUCCAUUCACUUUCACACUCUUUGGACUGUAAUCAGCAACUUGUUCUUCUUGAUAUCAUUCACAUUCAUGUAUUUUCUACCACCUCAAUCUAAGGGCUAAUAAUUAAGAAUUCAGAUUUAGUAAAGUUCCUCUCUUCUGAUAUACAUAAUAAUAAACUCACUUGUUUUUGCUGAUAGUGCUUUUUCUUUCUUUUGAGAUUAUUAUUAUGGGUUUGAGUUCUAAGCAGGUUUCAAGUACAGAACUUGAUUGGAACAAGGCCUUGUUGCAAUCAUCACAAAACUUGGAGCUACCAUCAAAGAUUACUACUAUGAAGAAACAACAACAGCAGCAACAACAAAUUCAGCAGCAGCAACCAAUAUUAGAGCCUUUGAGGUGUCCAAGAUGUGAUUCAACAAACACAAAGUUUUGUUACUACAACAAUUACAACAAGUCUCAGCCUCGCCAUUUCUGUAGAGCUUGCAAGAGGCACUGGACUAAAGGUGGAACUCUCCGCAAUGUUCCUGUUGGAGGUGGAAGAAAGAAUAAGAGACCAACCAAGAAAUCAACAACCACUACUUCUAUUAGCACCACCACCACUACCACUGUUACCACCUUAAAUGGUGGUGGUGGAAAAAUGGAAGUUCAACCUCAGAGUAAUCGUCCUCUUCCUCCUCCUCCUCCUGCUACUCUUUACCAAUCUAUGAUUCGUCCACCACCCUUGCUACCACAACAGAAUAAUAAUAAUAAUCUAUCAGAAGUUAAGGACUUUGGUGGUAGUGGAAUGUUUCUGAGUUCAUCAUCAUCAGCUUUGAAUCUUCCUCAGAGUCAAAGUCUAAUCUUUCCCUUCUCAACAACAUCAAGUUCUAGUUUUGAUGCAAACCCAUGUUCAGUUUCAGCUUCCAAUAUUUAUAGCUAUGGUGGAGAAGAGUUUAAGACAAUGGAGGAGACAACCAUCAAUGGUACUAACACACACCUAUGGGAGAUUCCAUUACCUGCUACAACAACAAGUGUUGCUAUGGAAAUGCCUUCAAAUUAUUGGGGUUGGGAGGACCUUGAUCCUUUGGUCUCAACUGAUCUAAAUGUUCCUUGGGAUGAUUCUGAUAUCAAACCUUGAGAGCAAGAAAUUAGAGGAAAAAAGAAGACAGAGAAAAAAAAUUGAAGUGACACAGUUAUAUAUAUGUCCAUAUAUAGAUUAAUAAUUAGUUUUUUUUUAAUUAUUGGGGGUGUUUUUGUGUUUUAAUAGAGAUUAGUAAGUGUUCUUGUUUUUUUUCAGAAGGA